GCACGGCGGGCUGGCGGCUGGCGGUGGUCGCUGCGGUGCGGGGCCGCGCCCCGGAGGAAGUCGGUGGCGGAACGGGCCCAGAUUCUGAAUUGUGCCUGAGCAGAGCGCUGAGAUCAGCCCCUGGAAGCAGUUGUUGGGGCAGAGUGACCAGCAGCCAUGACGACAGAGACGGGCCCUGAUUCAGAAGUGAAGAACGUGCAGGAGGAGGCCCCGCAGCAGCAGCUGGAGGCAGCCACACACGGCCCUGCUGCCACAGCUGCUGGCAUUGCCAGCCGGGACACCGAGGCCAGUGAGAAGCCUGGAGCACAACCUGACAGCCGGAAUACAGAGCCGGGCACAGACAUGGAGGAGAAAGACUACAGUGAGACAGAUGGGCUAUCUGACAAAACAACGCCUAGCAAGACCCAGAAGUCACCCCAGAAAAUCAACAAGAAAGUCAAAAGUGCUCUCUGCAGAGUGACCCUGCUCGAUGCCUCUGAGUAUGAGUGUGAAGUGGAGAAGCAUGCCCGAGGCCAGGUUCUCUUUGACAUGGUAUGUGAGCACCUCAACCUCCUGGAGAAGGACUACUUUGGCCUCACCUUCUGCGACUCCGACAGCCAGAAGAACUGGCUGGACCCCUCCAAGGAGAUCAAGAAGCAGAUCCGCAGUGGGCCCUGGAACUUUGCCUUCACUGUGAAGUUUUACCCUCCUGACCCUGCUCAGCUCACGGAGGACAUCACAAGAUACUACUUGUGCCUGCAGCUGCGUGCAGAUAUCAUCACGGGGCGACUGCCCUGCUCCUUCGUUACGCAUGCCCUGCUGGGCUCCUAUGCUGUGCAGGCCGAACUGGGUGACUAUGAUGCUGAGGAACAUGUAGGCAACUAUGUCAGUGAGCUCCGCUUUGCUCCCAACCAGACACGGGAGCUGGAGGAGCGCAUCAUGGAGCUGCACAAGACCUACCGGGGCAUGACCCCUGGGGAAGCAGAGAUCCACUUCCUUGAGAAUGCCAAGAAGCUCUCCAUGUAUGGGGUGGACCUGCACCAUGCCAAGGACUCAGAGGGUAUUGACAUCAUGCUGGGAGUCUGUGCCAAUGGCCUCCUCAUCUACAGGGACCGAUUGAGGAUCAACCGUUUUGCCUGGCCCAAGAUCCUCAAAAUUUCCUACAAGAGGAGUAAUUUCUACAUCAAAAUCCGCCCUGGUGAGUAUGAGCAGUUUGAGAGCACCAUUGGCUUCAAGCUGCCUAAUCACCGUUCCGCCAAGCGUCUCUGGAAGGUCUGCAUAGAGCAUCACACCUUCUUCAGGCUGGUAUCUCCAGAGCCGCCCCCGAAGGGCUUCUUGGUGAUGGGCUCUAAGUUCCGCUACAGCGGGCGGACGCAGGCACAGACACGGCAGGCCAGCGCCCUCAUUGACCGCCCAGCGCCCUUCUUCGAGCGUUCCUCCAGCAAACGGUACACCAUGUCUCGCAGCCUUGAUGGAGAGUUCUCACGCCCAGCCUCUGUCAGUGAGAACCACGAUGCUGGAGCAGAGGGUGAAAAACAGGAGGAGGAUGGUGAGUUUGGCAGUGGGAGACGAUCUGAGACAGAGGAUGAGGAGGUGACUACCCCGACGAAGAUCAAGGAGCUGAAGCCGGAGCACGAAACAACCCCCAGGCACAAGCAGGAGUUUUUAGACAAACCAGAAGAUGUUUUGCUAAAGCAUCAGGCCAGCAUCAAUGAGCUGAAACGGACCCUGAAGGAGCCCAACAGCAAGCUGGUUCACAGGGACCGGGACAGGAGGCUGCCUUCCUCACCAGCCUCUUCCUCACCCAAGCAUGAGGAGGAGACACCGAAGGGAACCCCAGAAAAGGCCAGCGAGGGCUCGGAGCAUUGGGUAUUUAUAGAGAGAGAAACCACUAGGCUGGAAGAGGUAGCUCUAAAGAAAGCUCUGAGAAUCAAGAAAGAAGAAGGACGUGCAGGUACUUCAGAGGUGAAAAGGAGUGUGAGCAUGUCGAAAGUGGAGAUGGAAGUAGGGAAAGCCAAGGAAGUGGCAGGCCAGGAAGAACCAGCAGAUGCACAUCUGGAUACCUGGAAGAGAGCAAAAAUGAUUGCCAGUCCUGAAGAUUUUGAGUCUGUCUGGGAGGAUGAGACCUGUGAGAAGGAAACCGGGGAGGAGCCCAGCACUGAGGCAAAGUGCUUGACAUGUGAGAGAGCAGAGGAGGAGUCCAAAGAGAGGGUUGAAGGGGUAACCAGGAGUGAACUGGGUCUGUCCAGGCCACAUCAGAAGCAUGAAGAGAGACAAAGGGCUGAGGCUUUGGGGCUAGGCCCUGUCCAUGGUGAAAGCAAGAUGGGCUCUCAGGAGCACGUUUCUGCAGCCUUCAGGAAGCAGGAUGCCAGAGCACCAACUGCAAUCACAGAGGUCAUUAAAAUUAAAGUGAAAUCCGGUGACGACAACACAGAGACUUCUGCUACACAGAGGAUCAUCUAUUUAGGAGAUCUGGAGGCAGAGGAGGACAAUAAAACACAUCUGCUCACAGAGGCAGGAGGACAGCUUGGCUCAGCAGUGAAGCAAGAAACCAUGGUGAAUAGGGCAGGGGAAGGACCAAGGCCCAUGGCAUGUCCGGGAGAAAGGUCCCAGUGCAAUUCCUCAGCGUACACACAGCAGGAAGCAGUGUCAGGAAAACCUUCUGUAGCGCCAGACCAGCCUGAGACAGACUGUGAUGAGACAAGCCCUGCAAGACAGCCAAGACAGCCUCCCUCGGAGCAGGAGGAAGGUUUUACAGUGCAACAAGAGCAAGCAUCAGUGAGUCUGACCAGCUGCAAAACACUGGAGGGAGAUGACACCAUGUUAUUUUCCCAAGAGGUGGGGUCAGAUGAGAAGGAUCUGCAAAGGUCAGUAAGAGGAUUGAAGCCAUGCACUCUCAAGAGGGCUGAGGACCCCAGACAAAGCCCAGGACAGAAUCCAAUUGCAGGAGAGCAGUGGGGCUUGGAUGUCUCCACAGAAGAGUGGGGGCUCUCAGAAAGAAGCCUACCUGAUGGGGAGGAGGAGAAAAGCUCCACAAUGGUUCUACAGAUGGAAGAGAUAGAGACAAAAUUAUCCCCAUCAGCUGUGCCUCAGCAGAGCUCCCCUCAUGCCACUGUGGGGCCGGAGGAGAAUGAACCCAGCAUUCCCACCCCUGGCACUCCUCCUCAGCAAAUGAGCCCUGCAGAGCCCGCCCAGGAAAUGAAACCCGAGGGCAAAGACCUGUCCCAGAGUGCCAGCCUUGUAAGAGAUGUGGGCACACCUGAGGAUAUGAACCCCUCAACAGAGGUGGCAUGCAAGGAGGCAAGCCCUGCAGUAGGUAAAGAAGCACUUGAGGACACGAGCCCUGUAACAGAGGUGGUAAUACCCAGUGAUGUGAGUCCUGAAUCUAUAGAAAAAAAACACGACAUGCACUUUGCUACAAGGAAAACAUACCAAGAUGCAAAUCCUAUUGCAAGAGGACCACACCAUAGCAAAGGCAGUGCAGUGGAGACAAUCCUGCUCAGAGAUCCCACCACAGGGGAAGUGGUCCAGAACUCAGAUCAUUCUGCUGCAAAGGGAACCCUGAGAGCUACAGAAGAGGCGCUCCAGGAGGAACAGCUUGUGAUGAAAGGGCUCUCCCAGAACAUAGGGCCCAAAUUGGGAAAGCUGAUGGGAGGGGAAGGCACGGAACAGCUGCUUCCCAAGGCAGAAGAUCGAGAACAAAAGGCUGAGAUCAUAAUAGAAUACCUGCCCCAAAAGGGUCCUAAGUCUGGAGGGCUACUCCCUGCAGAUACCAAAGCACAAGAGCCAGCCUGUGACUUGGAGUUUAAUGCAGGACAAGCUCUGCAAGGCAGGAGCUCUAUGGCAGGAGAAACUGCUAGAGACCUUGCUCUGGAGCAGCCACUGCAGUCUCCAGGAGAUGCUGAUGUCUUGCAUUCCCACUCUCCUAUAACAGGUUUGUGUCAAGGCAACAAGUUGUACCAGCUCUCAACCUUUAUGUAUGAAGAUGGGGAAGAGGUGCAAGUGAGCAGUGGAAUACAGAAGAGAGAGUCUGGACCACUGAUGUGUAUUGCUGCAACUGAAGCUGUGUGCCAGGAGCACAGAGGUGUCACUGAAGCCCCACUCCUGAGUAGCUGGCAGGACAGUGAGAGCUACGAGAAAACCUCAGUGGCAUCUAAGAUUAAGAUGUUUGAGCAAAGUGAAGCUGAACAAAGGACAGCCCAGGAAGGACAAGAGCGAGCACCUGAGACUGAGACACCAGCAAAAACAAAGGGAAAGAUUAAUCUGUCACAGGACACAGUUUUGAACACAGUCCCCAUCUCACCUCCAGUGAUGGCAGAUGCUCCAGUGGGAUCCAUGUCCAGUGUGGACUCCUUUGCCUUCAGGCAAGGAGCUGGUCCAGGAGGCUCCUCCCAGCUCCUGUCUCUGAAGGAAGAUGUUUCUGUUGAUCUGGAGCAUGAAGGAGAAGGCAGUGCUGACCUGGCUUCCUCUGACUCCGGCUGUGAACUCACACUGGCAGAAGCCGUGAGCAAAUCUCAGGAACCAAGUGGGGAAGAAAAGGAUUUAUCUGACCCGUCAUUAAAAUCCACCCUGAAAGAAGAGAAUUUAAAGACUGCUGUUCCAGUGGUCUUAAAGAGAGCAGGCUUAAGGGAGGGCACUGAGGAGAAAGCUAAGCCACCUCGGCACAGGGCUCCCGAGAGCGACACUGGCGAUGAGGAACAGGACCAGGAGAAGGACUCAGUGUUUCUGAAGGACAACCACCUGGCCAUCGAGCGCAAGUGCUCCAGCAUCACGGUCAGUUCAACCUCCAGCUUGGAAGCAGAGGUGGACUUCACAGUGAUCGGUGACUUCCAUGGGACUGCCUUUGAGGACAUCUCCCGGAGCCUGCCUGAGCUAGAUAAAGACAAGAGUGAGAUGGAAGAUGAAGGCCUGGUUUCCUUCCAGCACACUGACAAAGUAGUUCCUGGAUUGGAAGAGGAUGGCAAAGCCAGGGAGAAGGUUGCCCAGCCCAGCCCAGCCAUCUCCCAGCUAGAGUCACCAGCCCCAAAAACAGAUGCUUUAACAGUCAGCCUGGGGCCAGACACAAAGAAGACCGAAGAUGCCUCCGCUGCCCACCAGAUCAGCACCCCAGAAGCAGCCCAGGUGGAAGGAGGCAUGCCUGGCAGCGGAGAUGUAUCAGCCUCUGUUCGUGCUGUCACCACAGAGACCACACCAACAACCUCAGAUAAUGCCACCAAGCCUGGGAAAGGGGCUGGUCCUACGUCAGAGCUUUGCUCCGUGUCACCGAUCAGCAGCAGCUCUGCUGGGAAGGAAGUGCUCACCAGCAUAUUCAGUGCCACUGCAGAAACCCUCUCCACUUCUACCACUACCCAUGUUACCAAGACUGUGAAAGGAGGAUUUUCAGAGACCAGGAUAGAGAAGCGCAUAAUUAUCACGGGAGACGAAGAUGUGGACCAGGACCAGGCACUGGCUUUAGCAAUCAAAGAGGCAAAACUACAGCAUCCUGACAUGCUGGUAACCAAAGCUGUGGUAUACAGAGAAACAGAACCUUUUCCAGAGGAAAGGGACAAGAAACCUCAGGAAUCCUGACCAACAUGUUCAUGAAGUCAGCAUCAGUAUUUGGACCCGGAGGACAGUGAAGAAGGAGCCUUCAUGCUGGAUUUGUCAGCAAAACAUAGACAUCCUGGCUGUAAUGUUCAUGGCUAGAGACAAAAAGUUUUUAAAAAAGGAAUAGCAAAUAUAUAUAUAUAUACAUACGUACAUAUAUAUAUAUAUAUAAAAACAGGAAACAAAACGCAUCCUUGCACUGCUGCUAUAUGCUGGAAAUGAAUAGCAAGCAACACACCAACAAAAAAAACAACCCUCUUUGCAGAAAAAAAAUUGAAGAAUUUACUGGAUUGGUGAUAAAAUAAGAUUUAAAAAUCAUAAUAACAACAAUAAUACAAUAAGCCACCAUCUUGCAUGUUACAUUAAAGGAUACACAAUCAUGAGUUCAUUUGUUGCACAUUGAAUGAAACAAAAACUGCUUUGCAACAAAGCAAGAAAUAAGCAAACUGAAAUCAGACAAACACAAGCAGAAGCAAAACCAUUCCCCACUCUGGAAAGAAGAGAGAAAAACAUUGAGUUUAUUACUUUAGAGUUAUUUUCCAAUUUGGAAGUGUGGUUUCACCCUUCUCCUCGUUCCAUGCUGGUUCUUUUGCAUCUUUUGUGGUUCUGUUAACUCUUCCCCGUCUGUUCCUUAUCUUCUUCUCUGUGCACUUGUCUAACCUCUUGUUCUCUGAAGGUAUUUAAGGAUGGAGUUCAAUUCAAACAGAGCAAAUGACAUGUAUAUGGUUUUUCAUUUAUAAAAAUGCAGCCUGUAGGGGUUUCAUAUGGAUGUGCAUUUAAGUUAUGUAUAUUAUUAUAUAUAACAAGGGGGAGGGGGGAGGGGAAGAAUACUGAAAUAAUCAACAGUGCUGGUAAAUAUGAUGACAUUUUUAAAUUAUUAACUAUUUGACUGUGGUUGUUGUACUUCGAGGCUCUUAGAUCACAGUGGGACUCCUUGUCCUGCAAGAAGAGAACGGGGAAGGUAUCAGCCACUGCUGUUUGGAGGGAGAAGGGGAGGGGGAGAGGUGGGAGCCAUCCUGUUGACUGAUCCACGUGGCAGCAAGAGCUCUGGGUUUGCUGUUUGGUAUGGGUUGUUUGGAAGUGGUGAGUUGGAAGGGCGCAGAAAGAGGCUCAUGCUGCUCCUGCAGCCCUGGGUAGGGUCAUCUCCCUGGCCACCAACCAAAAGCAUCAGAAUCAGCUGGAAACAAGGUGACAGCUGCAGGGUUCAUUGCUCCUGUCCGGCUCACUGAGCUGUGAUGAUAGUUGGGUUGUUUUGGAUUGUUUCCAGUAAUGGAGUUACUCGAGUUUUUUGAAGGGUUGAAGGCAGAGCAGUUGUUUGACCCCAUUCCUGCUGCCCUGGGUGUGAUGGAAGGGCUGCCUGAGGCACGGCGGGUUGGUGAUGGUGCUGGAGGACGAUGGCAGCUCUUCCCCAGCCUUGCCUCCAGGUGCUGCCCAAAGGCAUAGAGUGAGGAGGUCGCAUCAAUGAAGAGCAUCCCAAGUGUACAAGGCUGGGCGGCAGAGCCCAGGCCCUGCACGUAAGGAGGCACUUGUCAAGGUGGUGUCAGUGAUGCUGCCUGCCCCACAGCCUGACAGCUUGGCCUUUGGAGACAGGCCUCCUCAGUGGCUGCCUUUGGAAGGGGAUAGCAAGGCUAAGCCCAGGGCCUUGCACACUGUGAACCAGGUGGUUAGGGUAGACUUGGAACCAAAACCAGAAAGGAAAGGAAAUAAACAGGUUUCUUUUUUUUUUUUUUUUAUUUUAAUUUCUAUCUCCUGAAGAAACAAAAGGGGCCGCAAUUCUGCACCAUUCUGCCUUUAGUCUCCCACCCUUCACACAGACUGUGCCCAGAGACAGGUGUGGUUAACAAGUCCUGCCAUGGAUUUGAGGAUGACAGUGAAAAGGAAGAGCCUGAGCCAUUAGGGUGCUGUGGGCAGACCACACUCAGGUCUUCUGGUCUCUGGCAGCCUUGGUUUACCAGCUGCUUGUCAUGAUGUCCCCACGAAAUCUGUUCUCCUUCAGGUUUAUCAGUUUCCCCUGCAAGCAUGGAAGACCUGAGCACAAGCUGCUUGCGCAGGGGACAACUGCUGGCUGAUGCCAGUACUGUCACUUUCCUGAAGAGGUCGGUGGUGGUGGCAGCUCUCCCUCAGCUUCUGUUCGAGUGUGGUCACCUGCUUGUGACCUGCUGCUUUUAGAGAUGAGACCCCCAAGCCAGAAAGAGUGAAGGCAGUUGCAAAGAGGCUGCUUUUCUCUUUGCUUUUUAAAUGCACCCAAGCCAGCUGUCAGUAGCAGCUGCACUUUCAGAGACACCGGGUGGCAGAGGACCUGCUCUCAGUGUCUGUACAGGGCAUCCAGCCCUUCUCGCCUAUUAGCAAUGGCCCGCACACUGCGCUUGUUGUUCUUUGGCAUACCAUGGCUCAUACUCAGAGGAGCUCACAUGGCCUUCAUACCCCUUACAGCCACCCGCUGCUACUCUGAAGCUAAGAUACCUGCUUUUGGCAUCACCUUUUUGGCACAGUUAUCAAAGGUUACUGCUCAAACUAGUGGCCUUAUACAGUUAGAGCUGACUUGACUACUCUAGAGUGGACUCAGAUGAGUUAUGUUUGGAGUGAGUGGAUCCCAUUCUGUGGUUUCUGCAGCUUCUUUAAGGGUGACGAUGUUUAAAAACUAAAUUAGAAAAAAGCACCAACAAACAAAUAGGAUGAAACCAAACUGCUGAGCUGGGGCAGCUCAGCACCGCAUGUUUUCUUCCAGAGGCCUUUCUGCUGAAAGCGGCGGGAGACAUGAGUGCCUGUUUUUACCCAAUCCCACAAAUUUAUUCCAAACCUGGCCUGCAAUUGCAUGAGUAAUAAUAACAGUAACAAUAACAGCAAUGUUUAUAUUUGAAAAGCACCUUACCAGCCAACUGCAGUGCUCUGUUGUUCCUUCACUAAUUCCCCUUUUCCCUUUUUCUUCUUCUCCCCCCUCCAGUCAUGCUCCUUUUCAGUGCUCGGUGGUGUAUGCGUGUGUGCUCACUGUUCUUGUAUUCAAUAAAAGUGAAAUAAAUGUGUUUGAGGCUAAACUA